CCUAUUACUCUCACGGUGUGUCUUCAAUGUCUUUGGAAUAAUCCAAUAGCAUAAGAAGCAUGCUCAGAGAGCCAUAACUGAUGCAUAAGAUCUGGUCAUUUCACAGGGAGUUGUGGGCUGGAUGUUUGUGUGAUUCGGGCAUGGCUCAAAGGACAGAGAUUAAGCAUUUCAACAUGGGUGUUCUUGGCGUAGUUGCAAAGCGUUUGGAUGCAUUUAUCGGGCCCGGAAUCAUGCUUGUUUUUCCACUGUAUGCAUCAUUGCGAGCCAUCGAAAGCCCUUCAUCUCUUGAUGACCAACAGUGGCUAACCUAUUGGAUAAUAUACUCUUUCAUUUCCAUUUUCGAGUUAUCAUUUUGGAGAAUCCUAGUUUGGCUACCCUUCUGGCCGUACAUGAAGUUGUUGUUUUGUAUGUGGCUGGUACUGCCCGUUUUCAGUGGGGCUUCAUAUAUCUAUAUGAACUUUGUGAGGAAGUAUGUGAAGUUAGGUGGCACAGUGAAUGGGGGUUACCCAGAAGAAAGAAAGAAGGUUCUCCAGAUGCUGAGCCUUGAUGCAAGGAUUGCAGUGAACCAAUAUGCUGAUAAAAAUGGAUGGAGUGCUGUCGAAAAAGCUAUCAAAGCUGCUGAAAGAGAAGUAAAGAAGAGCAAUUGAGAGGUCAAAAUUAUCAACCGCUUCCUCUACCAGUUCAUCACAACAUUCAUGUCAAAUUCAAGAUUGUCAGUAGGAGGUGACACAGGAAAAGAAAUAUGUAUGUACUAGCUAGGUAUAUAAUGUGUGUAAACUUCAUGCAAUAAAGUGAAAAACGAAGGAGUGGAAUUUUAGCGUGCA